GGAGCCAUCAUGGAAAUUGCACAAACUGUGGUGGAUACCCUGAAGCGUGGUGGCAAUGUGCUCAUCCCGGUAUCUCCCGUUGGCUCGGUCUACGACCUCAUAGACAUUGUCUCGAGAAGCAUUGAUGGUGCUGGUGGUUCUAUUUUGGAAACGCGGAUAUACUUCAUCUCACCUGUGGCGAAAGGUGCUUUGGCAUAUUCUAAUGUGAAUGCUGAAUGGCUCGCCGAGGCAAGGCAGAAUGCUGUUUAUGUUCCCGAAGAGCCUUUUGUGCACAUGGGGACUGGCACCGUACAAGCGCUGCGCAUGUUUGGUCUUUGCACAUCUUUGCUUUUCUGCAUUGUACAAAUUUUGUAUAUUUUAGCUAGUAAGGAAUGGAAGACUGAAGUUGUACGAGAAUAUAUACGAAUCUUUCUGCAGGGAGUACAAGACACCUUGUGUUCGAACUUGAUUUUCCAUGCUUAUUCCGAGUACAUAGAAUGUACCACAGGUAUUUACUGGUCACCCAUCACUACGAAUUGGCGACGCUCCACACUUACUGGAAAUGUGGGGAAAUGA